UUACACCAAAGAAAGCAGCUGCGCUCAACGAAGCAGCUAAAACAGAAGGCGCUAUAGACACAGAAUCCAGAGUCGUUGAACAUGAAAAUCAUAUUGCAAUCCUGCAUGCAGAGAUGGAAGAACUACUAAAGCGCAAUAAAAUAACAGUAGAAAAACUAAAUAUUGCCCUCAAAGCUGUCUUCAACAUUCAACACAUGGUCCUUAAUGAAAUACACUCCGCCCACAUAAUUCCAAUUCCUAAACUUAACAUGCCCGGCGUAAUCGACUUUUUAGAAGAUGGCACAGAG